AUGAAGUUGCAAAUUGCCGUAACGGUUAAAUAAAAUGUCUCUUAUCUCACACUGUCGCUUUUACAGAUGGUAAAAUAACAAUAUGUUCCGUAUUUAAAAUAAAUAUCAUACGAUUGAAACAAUACAGACUUACCAGACUUCUAACCAGAAACAAGAUUUAAAGAAAACAGCGAUUUCCUAAAAACUGGCGUAACCAGGAAGUAGAGUGUAGUGUCGUGAAGUCAUGUGAUAGUGGAAAAUGGCUGUGGUGCAGUGGCGUUCCCGGAUGCGCAGCUAUGAGGUGGAGCUGCAGAGAUGUCAUCCUGAGGCUGCUCUGGUUGAGUUUGGAGACUACCAUCCCCUCAAGCCCAUCAUGGUGACAGACACAAAGACCCGCCGUGGGGCUCGUAAAGGCAGCACCUCCUCGUCCUCCUCAUCCUCCUCCUCUGCGCCCGCAGACCCCCUCAGCUCCAUGAUGGAUGGGACAGACCCCCUCUCCAUGUUUGCUGCAGCCUCGGCCAGUGAGCCCCCCACCAUGUCACACAGUGCCUCUACAGGGGACCUGGGGAGAAAGAGGAAGGAGAUAAAAGAAGAAGCAGUUGGACUCGACUUUGAACCCUGGUCAUCAAAACGAGGAGAGAUUUUAGCACGAUUCACCACCACUGAAAAACUCUCAAUUAAUCUUUUCAUGGGCUCUGAUAGAGGUAAAGCUCCGAGUCCAGGAUCGUCAGCAGUUUCAGAGAAAGUUCGAACUCGCCUUGAGGAGCUGGAUGAUCUUGAGGAAGGAUCCCAGAGAGAGCUGCUGAACCUCUCCCAGCAGGAUUAUGCAAACCGCAUCGAGGAGCUGAACCAGUCUCUAAAGGAAGCCUGGGCCUCCGACCAGAAGGUCAAAGCCCUGAAAAUCGUCAUCCAGUGCUCCAAGCUCCUGUCUGACACUUCUGUGAUCCAGUUCUACCCGAGCAAGUUUGUUCUUAUCACUGAUAUCCUGGACACUUUCGGUCGGCUCGUGUUCGAUAGAAUCUGGACCAUGUGUUCAGACCCAAGACCUCUAUCAGACUCCUUCACCGUGGACGACGUGAACGAUACAGCCAAGGAGACUUGCCUCAACUGGUUCUUCAAGAUCGCCUCCAUCAGAGAGCUUCUGCCUAGACUAUAUGUAGAGGCUGCCAUUCUCAAGUGCAACCGCUUCCUGAACAAAUCAGGGAUUCAGGAGACGCUGCCUCGGUUAACAGCCAUGAUCAGAGGGAUUGGAGACCCUCUGGUGGCAGCAUACACCAGAGCGUACCUCUGCAGGGUGGGAAUGGAAGUCGCCCCCCAGCUCAAAGACAGCCUGAACCGCAACUUCUUCGACCUUCUGGGAACCUUCCGGCAGAUCAGCGGGGAGAGCGUGCAGAACCAGCUGGUCCAGCAGAGGGUGGAGGUUCCGGAGUACUUGACACUUUACUCACCCGCCAUCAACUGGAUCCUGCAGUGUAUCGCCUACAGAGCUCCAGAGGCUUUGCUGAUGGAGAUGAUGGAGCGAUGCAAGAAGCUGGGGAACAAUGCCUUGCUGCUGAAUUCAGUCAUGUGGGCGUUCAGGCCGGAGUUUGUGGCAGCAAGAGCCACAGACUUCAUCAGUAUGAUCAAAGACUGCGACGAGGCAGGAUUCCCAAAGCAUUUGUUGUUCGGGUCUCUGGGUCGCAGUCUGGCCUGUGCCGACCCCCCAGAAUCUGAGAGGCUGACGAUCCUGAAUGAAGCUUGGAAAGUUGUCACCAAAGUUCGCAGUCCCCAGGAUUACAUCAACUGUGCUGAGAUCUGGGUGGAGUUCACCUGCCGACACUUCACAAAACGCGAGGUCAACACUGUUCUGGCUGAUGUCAUCAAACACAUGACCCCUGACCGGGCGUUUGAAGACGCUUAUCCUCAGCUGCAGUCAGUGAUCAGGAAGAUCCUCACCUACUUCCACGACUUCUCCGUCCUCUUCUCCAUGGAGCGUUUCCUGCCGUUCUUAGACAUGUUCCAGAAAGACAGUGUGAGGGUGGAGGUCUGCAGAUCUAUCAUGGAAGUCUUCAUCAAACAUCAGGUGGAGCCAACCAGAGACCCUGUCAUCCUUAACGCCAUGCUGCACAUCUGCAAGACAAUGCACGACUCUGUCAAUGCUCUCACUCUGGAGGACGAGAAGAGAUCUCUGGCACUGCUGAUUAUCGGCUUCAUCCGCAUGGUUUCUUUUGGUCGUGACUUUGAGCAACAGCUGAGCUUCUGUGUGGAAGCCAGAGCCACCUUCUGUAAUCUGGAGUCAGUGCUGGUGCAACUCAUUCAUACUGUGAACCAGCUGGCAAUGGAGACCAGUCGGGUGAUGAAAGGGAGCCACUCCAGAAAAACUGCAGCCUUUGUCCGGGCAUGUGCUGCCUACAGCUUCAUCACCAUCCCGUCUCUCAGCAGCAUCUUCAGCCGCCUCAGCCUCUAUCUGCUGUCGGGUCAGGUCGCACUCGCCAACCAGUGUCUGUCCCAGGCGGAUGCUUUCCUAAAAGCAGCAGUCAGUGUUCUUCCCGAGGUUCCUCGCAACAUCAGCGUGGAGGGGAAGCUUCGCUCCUCUGAGAACUUCCUGCUGGACUUCAUGAACAAUUUCCUGUCUACGCUGUUGGUCGUACCGGACCAUCCAGAGCACGGUGUGUUGUACCUGGUCCGAGGUCUACUCAACAUGGUCCAGGAUUACACCUGGGAGGACAACAGUGAUGCUAAAGUGCGGGUCUAUGUCAGUGCUCUGCCCCUGCUGGCUGCCAUGAGCCAGGAAACCUACCUCUACUCCAUCCCUAAAGUGGACUCCAAUGAAACACUUUAUGGAGGUGAUCCCAAGUUUCUAUCAGAGAUCAACAAGCUGUGCGAGACUCUGAUUGGACAGAUCCUGGACCACUUGAAGACCCUCGGCCGUGAUGAGCCGAGCACACGGCGUCAGGGCGCUCUGGCCUUUUCUCUGUUUGGGAUCCUGCUGGCUCACGGUGAUCUGAGGAACAACAAGCUGAGCCAGCUGUCUGUCAACCUGUGGAACCUCAGCCACAAACACGGAUACUGUGAGACACGGAUCUCAGUUCGGACUCUAGAGUUUAUUAAACACCAGGCUCAGCAGCCCGACAUGACGCACCUGACAGAUGCAGUCCAGAGGCUGGUACUCCAAUCUCGCACGUGAACAUCAAUCCCAACAUUUGUGCCCACAGGUUUUGUAAAUAAAAGAUAAUCCGCAUAGAGAAGAGAAAUGAUGCCUUUAUGUAUUUGUCCAUGUAGUGACACUUUUUAAACAUUUGAGGGGCAUCAGAUAAAGCUCACUGUAAAAUAAACAUUGCUACUCCUAGACUGAAGUUACACAAAGCUGUUUAAGUGCCAAAAUUCCUACUUUUUAAAGCCUUAAAACAGAAACAAUCAAAGCAUCAUAGAAUGAUAAAAGUGCUCUGAAACCCUAAAGUAAAGUCUGUCAAGGUUUGUGCAUUAUUCCUUUUCGUUAUCAACAUUUGGAGGCACUUAAAUAAAAUAAGUUAUGAAAUAUUUGAAUGUAUUAUCCAUGAUUGAUUCAGAGUGCAGACUCAAAUUCUGAAUGAUUUAUGGUCUUCUUGAACAUCUCCUGCAACGUUUCUGUCACAGAACUGCUGCAGCUGUGCAACUUGUUCUCUCGUUCUAAUACAAAUAUAAACUGUUAAACUAACAUACCAGUAACGUUUAUCACAUCUGCUCUCUGUAAUGUAAUGUACUUGAUCAUCAUGCUAACCUUUAGCAUCAUGUAUAUUUGAUAGCAGUGUUUUUACAUUCUUCAUGUAGAGAAAUAAACACCCUGCUUUGUAUGAAACACAAA